AUGGUUUCCCAAAAGAAAACAAAGGAGCCCUUUUGGCUUGGUGGUGCUGCCGCCUGCAUCCCAUCUCUAUGGACUGGUCUAUCAGCUUCCAUCCUUCGUCAAGGAACAUACUCGACUGCUCGCUUUGGCUUCCAUACAUACUUCUCAGACAAGCUUAGAGGAUAUACAGGCAAGCAACUGUCAGUCACACAAAACAUCGCCUGUGCAGGUGUCGCAGGUGGUGUCGCAGGACUAGUCGGUAAUCCAGCUGAGGUUGUCCUCGUUCGCAUGUGUGCAGAUGGCGCAAAGGCACCUGGACAACAAUUUGGAUACAAUCAUGCUUUGGAUGCUUUGACCAGAGUUUACAGUGAAGAGGGCAUGAUGGCGUUCUGGAAGGGUCUCGUUCCCAACAUUGCGAGGAGUGCUUUGAUGAAUGUUUCUCAGAUUGCUACAUACGCGUCUGCUAAGCAAUAUCUGCUUGCUAGUGGCUUUGGAGAUGACACAAAAACCCAUGCCGUUUCAUCCCUAGCAGCUGGAACAAUGGCGACAACCAUCUGCGCCCCAGCUGAUGUUCUCAAGAGCCGAAUGCAAUCCAACGCUGGCAAAGAAGGUCUAGCACAAGUUCUCAGAGCCGGUCUUCGCGAAGAAGGUCCUCGGUUCCUCAUGAGGGGAUGGACUCCUGCUUGGCUACGACUUACACCACAUACUGUUUUGACAUUUGUGUUUAUGGAGAAAUUGCGACAGCUUACAUCUUUUGACUGGCUGGGUGGAAUGCAAGAGAAGGAAACUCUUGGCUAA